AUGUCUAAUCAAAAAAUUGAUCUAUCAAAAUUAAGUAUUGAACAAUUACAUGUUGUCAAACAACAGUUUGAUCAAGAACUUCAACAUUUCCAACAAUCCUUGCAAGCAUUGAUAGUUGCCAAGAGUAAAUUUGUCGAAUGUAUAAAUGACAUAAAAACGAUAUCGCAAGAUUCAAACGAUGAGCAAGACAUUUUAAUACCUGCAUCCCCAUCCUUAUAUAUUCCAGGUAAGAUAAGUAAUAAAAACAAUAAAAAAUUUAUGGUUGAUGUAGGCACAGGGUAUUAUGUUGAAAAGAGCGAUAUUGAAGCCAUUGAAUUCUAUGAGAAGAAGAUCAAUAAAUUGAAUAAGGAAUCUAUCCAUAUUCAGGACAUUAUUAAAGAGAAGUCUCAAUCAUCUAUGGCAAUUGCUACACAAAUAAGACAAUUGGCUAUGAAGCAAGCUCUUGCUUCCAAAGAAGCUGCUAAUGCUUCUACCACAGCAUAA